AUGACAAGACCAGUUGUAUUCUUUGACGUUGCCCUUGGGGAAUCAGCGUUGGGUAGAAUUAAGAUUGAAUUGUUUAAUGAUAUAACGCCAAAAACUGCUGAGAACUUCAGACAGCUUUGUACAGGUGAACAAAGAGUAGGAAAUGUACCACAAGGUUACAAGAAUUCGACAUUUCACAGUGUAGGUGGAGAUUUCCUGAAUGGAGAUGGUACAGGUAGUUACAGUAUAUACGGUGGUGCUAAGUUUCAGGAUGAAAAUUUCACAGUGAAGCAUGAUCAGCCUGGAUUAUUAUCGAUGGCUAACUCAGGACCUAAUACGAAUGGAUGUCAGUUCUUCAUAACAUGCAAAGAGACACCAUUCUUAGAUGGAAAACACACCGUUUUUGGUAAAGUGACAGAGGGAAUGCUCACACUCCGCAAGAUAGAGAACGUACAGACAGGUGCUAACAACAAGCCAAAAUUGCCAGUUAGAAUAACGCAAUGCGGUGAAAUGUAA